GACUUGCCGUACUCAUACGGACGUCGGAGGUCCAAACAUUGGAAGUCUAUGGUAUUUCAUCCCGUUUUAACAUAUAUGAUGGGCACCGACAGGGUGUUGGGGUUGCUCCCUCUGCUUGUCCUUGCCUUCCUGUGUGAAUCUCUAUAUUGCAAACCCAACAACGAUGUUCGUUCCCUUGCCGAAAUUACAAGAGAAAUAUCUGGAUACAGAGCUAUAGCCCAGAAAAUCAUUCACCUGGCCGUGCAGGGGGAGGCUCAGAACCGAUCUUAUGACCGAUUGGCUGCCUUCACAGACACUGUGGGGAACAGGAUAAGUGGGUCUCGAAACUUGGAGGUGGCUAUUAAGUACAUGUACAGCGCUCUAAUUCAGGACGGCUUGGAGAAUGUGCAUCUAGAACAGGUGAAGGUUCCACACUGGGUGAGAGGCCAGGAGAGCGCCAUGAUGGUCCUCCCGAGAAAUCAUACGAUGACUAUUCUCGGCCUGGGCAGUAGUGUUGGGACAUCCAGCCAAGGCGUCGAGGCCGAGGUCUUGGUGGUGGAGUCCUUUGAGGAGCUGAGGAGCCGUGCCAGUGAGGCCAAAGGGAAGAUCGUGGUGUACAAUCAGCCGUUUGUGAGCUACGGAGAGACCGUGGCGUACCGUGCCUACGGGGCUUCAGAGGCGGCCAAGGUUGGGGCUGUGGCCUCCCUCAUCCGCUCCAUCACCCCCGUCUCCAUCAACAGUCCACACACCGGUUGGCAGGACUACCAGCCUGGGGUGCCACACAUCCCCACCGCCUGCAUCACUAUCGAGGAUGCUGAGAUGAUGGCCAGGAUGGCUCGGCGGGGGCAGAAGAUCGUGGUGCGACUCCGCAUGGGUGCCCAGACGCUCCCUGACGCAGACUCCUUCAACACGGUGGCAGAGAUUGUUGGCAGCGAGCACCCGGAGCAGGUGGUGCUGCUCAGUGGACACCUGGACAGCUGGGACGUGGGGCAGGGCGCCAUGGAUGAUGGAGGGGGAGUGGCCAUCUCCUGGGAGGCCCUCAGUCUGCUCCGAGACCUCGGCUUGCGUCCAAAGAGAACAAUCCGGAUGGUGCUGUGGACCGCUGAAGAACAGGGCGGAGUCGGGGCCAGCCAGUACUUUGAGCGACACAAAGGAAACAUCUCCAACUUUGACCUGGUAAUGGAGUCUGAUUUGGGCACCUUCUCCCCCCUGGGCCUUCAGUUCAGCGGCACUAAGCAGGCCGAGGCCGUCAUGCAGGAAGUGGUGAAGCUGCUGGCACCCAUUAACACCACUGCCCUGGAGGAACACGGGGAGGGCACCGAUAUAGAGCUGUGGAUGGAGGCUGGCGUGCCAGGUGCCAGCCUGCACACAGCUGAUGAAAAAUACUUUUGGUUCCACCACACUGAGGGGGACACGAUGACGGUGCAGAGCCCAGUGGAGAUGAACCUGUGCUCAGCCCUGUGGGCGGUCGUGGCCUAUGUGGUGGCCGACCUGGACGAUAUGCUGCCGAGGUAGCACUGCAUGAUGUGAGGACUACAACUGAUCAUUCCUCUCCGCCCCUCACCAGAGGUCAGCACUGACAGUAUCUCCAUCCUUCUCAACACUGACAGUAUCUCCAACCUUCUCAACACUGACAGUAUUGCCACCCUUCUCAACACUGUCAGUAUCUCCAUCCUUCUCAACACUGACAGUAUCUCCAUCCUUCUCAACACUGACAGUAUCUCCAUCCUUCUCAACACUGACAGUAUCUCCAUCCUUCUCAACACUGACAGUAUCUCCAUCCUUCUCAACACUGACAGUAUCUCCAUCCUUCUCAACACUGACAGUAUCUCCAUCCUUCUCAGCACUGUCAGUAUCUCCAUCCUU